AUGGAUAAAAGCAAAGAAAAAGAAGAGCAGAGUAUUAUGGAUAAAUCUAUGAGAUCCGUAUUUGUGGGGAAUAUCCCGUAUGAAGCUACGGAGGAAAAACUCAAAGAUAUAUUUAGUGAAGUGGGGCCAGUACUAUCUUUUAAACUAGUAUUUGACCGAGAAACUGGAAAGCCGAAAGGAUAUGGAUUUUGUGAAUAUAAAGAUCAGGAGACUGCUCUUAGUGCCAUGAGAAAUUUAAAUGGGUAUGAAAUUGGUGGUCGAUCGCUCAGAGUUGAUAAUGCAUGUACAGAGAAAUCUAGAAUGGAAAUGCAAGCCUUGAUGCAAGGACCACAGGUAGAAAACCCAUAUGGUGAUCCAGUGGAACCAGAAAAAGCACCCGAGGCAAUCAGUAAAGCAGUUGCUACUCUGCCACCAGAACAAAUGUUUGAACUUAUGAAGCAGAUGAAACUAUGUGUUCAAAACAAUCCAUCUGAAGCGCGAAACAUGCUUCUCCAAAAUCCUCAAUUGGCGUAUGCUCUACUUCAAGCUCAAGUUAUUAUGAGGAUUGUUGAUCCUGCUACAGCAGUUAGUAUGCUUCACCCUAGCAAUCCUGUGCCACCAGUUCUGCAGCCAGGUGACAAGCCUCCUCUACUAAACAAUUAUGUUCCAACAAAUCAGCAACAAGCCCAACAACCGCCUUUGCUGAGUACUCCUGUUCCACCACCAAAUCAAUAUGUUCCUCGGGCCGCGAUGGCGGACGUGGACUUGAGGGGAGGGCGCGUUCCCCCCGCGCCCCCCACCGCCGUCGCUCCUCCGCCCCUCCUCGACCAAGACAUGCGCAGCCUGCCACCGGUGCCGCACCCCGUUCCGCCCCCCGUGCCACAAGAUAACAUGUUCCCGCGAGACCCCCGUCUUGCAGGUUCCCAGGGUUUCAACUCAGAUCCUCGCGUUCGUUCAAACGAUCCACGAAAUCAAGCCAAGAUGCCACAACAACAAAUGCCACCCGGAAUGCCGAGCGUCGCACAGGCUAGGACAAUCCAAGGUAUACCUUCCGGAGCAUCAGAUCAAGAGAAAGCCGCCUUAAUUAUGCAAGUCUUGCAAUUAUCAGACGAGCAAAUAGCGCUGUUGCCGCCCGAACAACGCGCUAGUAUUCUUAUGCUUAAAGAACAGAUAGCGAAAAGUACCCAGCAGCGU